AUGAAGUUUAUCUUCUUCUGGGCUCUCUUGAGCCUGCCUGUUGCUCUGGCUUUUGAUCCAAAUUACCGAAAUAGUAUCACUCCCCCAUACCUGGUCUACCUGAAAUCUGAUUACUUGCCCUGUGUUGGAGUUCUGAUCGACCCCCUUUGGGUGAUCACAGCUGCACACUGCAACUUACCAAAGCUUCAGGUGGUGUUGGGGAUUACAAAUCCAUCAAAUGACAAUGAAAAGGAUAUACAAGUAGUUGGCCAUGUGAAGAUGAUCCAACAUCCAUACUUCUCAACCACUUCUAUUGAGCAUGACCUCAUGUUAAUCAAGCUGGGAGAAAGUGUUGAACUUAAUGACUAUGUGAAACUGGUCAACCUGCCUGAAGAACCUGUCCAUGAAGGUACCAUGUGCAUGGUCUCCACAUGGGCCUACAAUCUAUGUGAUGACUCCAAGGAGCCCAACUCACUACAGAAUGUGAACAUCUCCAUAGUCUACAGGAAUGAGUGCCUUGAGGCCUAUAAAACUUACAGGAUCGAAGAUAGUAUGCUGUGCCUGGGCAUCAUUCCAGGAAGGAGGCAGCCCUGCAAGGAAGUCACAGCUGCCCCAGCAGUCUGCAAUGGGGUACUUCAAGGAAUAUUGACUUUUUUGGAUGGAUGUGUUUUGAGAGCUGAUGUUGGCAUCUAUACCAGAAUCUUUAAAUACAUGUCCUGGAUUAGAAAUACAAUGGGAAACUACUGA